AUGUUCUACGGACACACUCAUUAUGAUCAAUUCAUGGUUUACUAUGAUAUGGAUGAUCCAAAACGCAGACCAUUCCAUUUCAACUGGAUCAGUCCCUCACUGACAACAUAUGAUUUCUUGAACCCUGCUUUCAGGAUUUACGAAAUUGACGGUGGUUACCAAGGAGCGACAUAUACCGUGAAAUCUGCUCAAACAUAUUUUGCAAAUGUUACGGAAGCCAACAUGAAGAACAAGGAACCAGAAUGGGUGCUUUCGUAUGAUACCGCAGAUCACUAUCAAAUGACGGAUUUCUCUCCACAAUCCUGGUCUGACUUGAGUGACAAACUUUGGACUAACACCACUAUGUUCAGAGAUUAUGUUAGACACUUCUACCGAAACCACUAUAACAAUGAGUGCUACACCGAUUACAAGUGCAGAUAUACAUUUGUGUGUGACAUCAAGAAAGGAAGAAGUUAUGAUGAGAGUUUCUGCGAUCAUCUCAUUCGGUGA